CCACGGCAAUCAGCAGCACAGGGCAAAAGUUUGGAGCAGCGCUAUGUAGACGAACACCCAACGCAGACUCUUUUUUUGUUUGCGACCAGACUGAGUCCUUUCAAUUUCACUGUGUCUAAAAGUGAGACGGGCUCCACUGAAGAGGGGGGAAAAUCAACAUAAGGAGACCCAACGGAGGCGCUUGAGCCAGGAAAGAAGUGCUGUGAGGAAGAACGCCGUGUCUUAAACUCUCACACACGCACAAACAACACAGCCGCGCCCGGAUCACAGCCUAUACAGCACAGCGCUACACCUGCUUUCUAGCAUGGCCAGUUCGAGUAAAGCCACUUUAAUCUUGCUCAUCUACGGAAUCUUAAUGCACUACAGCGUCUUCUGCACACCUAUAGGACUAAGUUACCCUAAGAUCAGACUUGAAAACGACGCGUUCGAUGAGGAUGGCAACUCUCUGUCCGACAUGGGUUUUGACAGUGACCAGCUUGCUAUACGAAGCCCCCCAUCUUUAAACGACGACCCGUACGGUCUGUACUACCCGCCAGAAAAAAGACCAGAAAGGCAUGCUGAGGAAGAAUUAGAUAGAGCCUUGAGGGAGAUCCUGGGUCAGUUAACAGCGAGACAUUAUCUGCAUUCUCUGAUGACUGUUCGUGCAGGUGACGAGAACAGCAUGGAGGAAGAGUCAGAGCCCCUGUCCAAAAGACACUCAGAUGGGAUAUUCACCGACAGCUACAGCCGCUAUAGAAAGCAGAUGGCAGUGCAGAAAUACCUGGCAGCGGUUCUGGGUAGAAGGUACAGACAGAGAGUUAGGAACAAAGGACGCCGGCUCGCUUAUUUGUAGCUCCAUUAAAAGAAAGAAAGAAAAAGCGCCCAAAACUGCCCUCCUAUGUAUAUACAUCAAGUCGUUAACUCAAAGUCAUUCAGAUAUAUCUGACCAACCAGUGGAUUGCGCCUGUGUUCUUUCAACAUGUAUUUAUGUAUGAAGUAAAGCCAUUAAAAUGAAUAUUUUAUUAAUAAUAUCGUUUUUUUCUUUUCCAUUUUUGUACAAAAGCACUUGAUACCGCACAGUUAUAGCUACUUUGUGGACCAAUAUUUUAUUUUUCAUGUUGAGAUGUUGAAAACAACAACAACAACAACAAAAAAAUGAUAAAAAAGAUGAUGAAAUCAGAAAAAAAGAUAGAUGUGCACCUUCAACGUUUAUUCGCUUGAAAUCUCUAAAGGUCAUCCACAUAUGCAGAAAAUAAAUAGAUUUUCAAAAGACAAUCAAAGUAUUGAAUGUUACUACUUAUUUUUGUAAUCUAUUUUUUUAGUGUUGCUCGUUUUUUUGUUUUCCAAAAGCAGGCCCAAAGAAGCAGUCAGCAUGCUAUGUGAGGCAUAUUUGGGUUUAUCAUAAAUGACAGAUGCUACUCAUUCGUUCCAAGCUCCUUUUAAUGGGAGCUCUGUGUCUGGAGAGUUUUGCUGCUCCUCCAGGAAACUGAGAUGGCUUCUUCUGGACAGAUUCUCAUCUGAUGGAUAUCUAGAUGCUUUACACAUGCAUCCUUGCAACUGGUGGAAAAAUGUACCCUGUCUGUGUAGAAAAUAUGGAUAUUCAGUCACACAUGGGUAUUUGCAGAGGGAUUACUGCCUUUACAGGAGAUCUGGUUGGAGAAAGCACUGCCUGCUUACUUGCCUCAAAGUCAUUUCACAGUAUGAGAUAAACCACACUCUAUAGGACUGUGCAAAGAAUGUUUGAUCCUCUCAGUGUUGUCAGCCAACAAAAAUAUCUGGAGAAAUUACCCUUAAUCUAUUGAUUGUAUGCAGGUGGCAGAGAAAGAGUGCAGGAAACCAAGCACAAAGGAAGCAUCAGAGUCCUAGAUGCUUAAGGAGGAUGUUUACCAUUUAUUUGGUGCAUGUGAAAACUGACACCUUGCUAAUUCGCGCUUAGAGACUGCAUGCCUAUGUGCUUUUAUUGCUAUUGUUGUGAAAUGGGCUGCACCAAGCUCACUUCUGCACCCCUCCCCUCUGCUUUAUUGUGACAAGAAAUGUGAACAAGGAGGGCUGGAAGUGGUAGAUCCUGGAACUGCACUGACUUGUUGAAUCUUUACCUCCCUUGCCACUGUCAUGGUGGAUGUAACAGAACUCUGAUUCAUUUUUGUCUUAUUGUAGCUGUUUUUUAAGAUUUCAUUUUAGUCUAAAUGGCCUUCGCUGAAUUAGUGCUGUGUUUCAACUGUUAAUGAGAAGCUGAUCUGUGUUGGAUGUCUACUGUGCAGCGAGGAAAAAGGGGGAGAGAGAGUGUUCGGGUGAGAUGUAAAGAUGAGAGUGAAAAAAGAAAAUUGAGAGAGAGGUUGUAUAGGAGACCAGCUGCAACACCCAAAGAGUCAGGGAAGGCAGGAUGAGUGGAAACAAAAAAGAGGCAAGUGCCUCAUCUGCCUCACUAAGAUCAGGGUCAAUGAGUCUGAUAAAGCAAAAUAUCAGAUGUUGAAUUCCCUUCACAGAGGUUUUCCUGCAGGAAAAAAAGUUCCCCUCUAAUGCCAGAAUUAACUUCAACCCUUCCAGCAAAAAGGAGACCCCCCUGGACAUUUUAUACGGCAACAUUCCAAGUAUUUAUUCCCUUUUAUGCAAACGCAGCUUUGUUUGGACUCUUGCUAUCAAAUCAGCAGCCUGUCCCCCCCCCCACUCAAUAGAAAAUAUAAACACACUCUUCCUCUAAUUUGGCUUUACACCACAGGUUUUGUGCGUGUGUGUAUGCGUGUGUGCAUGUGUGUAGCAAACACACGUGUAUGUGUAUUGUGAGUGACCGAAUACAGAUGUGGAGGUGGAAACUGCUUUCGGCUUUUGUGCCUUGCUUUGAUGUGAGAACCUAAAAAAAAAAAAAAAAAAAAAAAAAAAAAAAACAACGAAAAAAUUCGCCACGAGUGAAAGAUGGCAAUUCUAGUGGCCCUACGAUGCUGCAGUCCAUUAGCUUACAUUGAAACUUCCUUUUACUUGGUUUAAUUGCUCUGCUUAGUCUGCCCCACCAGUAGUAGAAUUAGGCUUUUGUUUUCACAGCAUGGCCAUUGAGUUUUUUGAGUAUAAAAAAAUAUUGUAGACAAGAAUAGAAUGUAUAUGUUGGUGGAGCAGGCAACAUGUGUGUGUGAGAGUGUGCGCAUGAGUUGGGUUGUUCAGUGUCUGUGAGAGUUUGUGAACAAUGAUCGGUGUUUGUUAUUGUUGAUUAUGAGGUGUUGUUGAUUAUUAUUUUGAUAUUCGUCGGUAACAUAUAUGAUCAGAAAACAGAAAAUAGCCCCUUUAUAUAUAUAUAUAUAUAUAUAAAUAUAUAUGUAUAUAUAUAUAUAUUCUUUACAACUCUGUGGAUCAAUAUAUUGAAUAAAUUAAAAAAAGGUCUAAGAGCAUAAUAACAGGAGAUGUUCAGAUCAUAGAAAAUGCCUGUUGUUGAUAGUUCUGACAGCGCCCAACGCCUUAUUUCAUUGUGUGAACUCUUAUCUAUUUGAAAACAUUGUGUUUUAGAAGUUAGCCUCAGUGCAAAGUGGCAUCGUUAAACACACACGAGUCCUUAUAAGGGGUUUUUACGUUUUUCAAUGUCAUGAAAGUGUUGUAAGAUUUGUAUGAAUAAAUUUUUGUAAACAACAAAA